UUUGCUUUGCCGAAAGGACUCGCGAGGGUCCUUCCAAAUAGAAGCUGCAGUCGCCAAAUACAAAGCUCUGCCGUCUGCUCCUUCCUUGACCCAGUGUUGUUGUUCUUCUUCAUGGACGGUUUGCGGGUUAUGGAGGAGACCAUGGACUCUCUCUGGUUUUUCAGCAAUGUCUUCUUCUCUUCAAGAGCUACAAUUUUGGGUCCAAUUGAGCCUGUUGAAGAACCUGUCAAGGAAGAGUGCUCCAAACCCAUGUCACCAAUUGCUCAAAAUCAGCAGAAAAAUUCCCCACCAGAGGCCCAAAUGUCAGUUCCAUUGUGCCCAAAAUGUGAAGAACCAGAAAGUUUGAAGCUUGAUAUGGAAGUGGUGGAAUAUUAUUAUUCUCCAAGUCCAAGGUCAACAGAGAAGGAAACGAGUAGGAGGAGGAGGAGGAGGAGCAAGAGAAGUGUGCAGCAGCAGAGACAUAGGAGAAAGAUUCUUGGAGAGCUUGAUGAGUUGGGUUUGGAUGAUCAUGUGAAGGAGGUGAUUUCUGGGUCCUGGUCGUCCUCUAAUUGGAUGGUUGAGGGAAAUUGUGGGUAUAAUCAACAAUGUCAGAACAAUAUGCCUUCAAUCAGUGAUAAUAUGGCCAUGAAAGAGCAUCUCAAGUCAUGGGCUUAUGCUGUUGCAUGCACUGUCAGAUGAAUUUAACCAGCUUCUAGGAUUGUCUAAUUAUAGACUUGAAGAACACUGAUCUCACCUCUGCUUCUCUCUCUCUCUCUCUCUCUCUCUCUCACACAUAUGCGACUAAUUCUGUUGUUUGAUCUGGGCAUGCCCUUGACAAUGUAAUGAUCUGAUAUCUGAUUCUGUUUAAUGGUAUUUUAAUUUAAUUCCAACUGAUAUGUGUCAGAUGACUCUACAUGAAGUUGAAAUGUGACUGAAAGUUAGCAACUUUCAGGGUCAGCUUCCCCCUCUUAGACA